AUGCUUAAAGAAAACGAAGAUGUAGAGAUUUUAGAAAGAAAUGAACUAUCACCGAUAGCACAAGUAACAUCACCUGAAGUGGAUAAAAAAUCAAAAGAUAAACAAGAAAAAAGAAAAGGAGUGUUCCGAUCCGAAUGGUUAACUGAAUUUAAUUUUUUGAAAGAAUAUAAACCAGAUAAAAGUCAAGCAAUAUGUAUGGCAUGCAAUAGUCAGUUUAGUGUUUAUCAUGGUGGAAAAAAUGAUGCUGUACAGCAUUCAAAGAGCAAACAACAUAAGAAAAAUAUGUUAACAUUUAGUAUUGAUCGUCAACUAAUUACUACAACCAUGAAACCAACUCGUGAAAAAGAAGAAGUAGCUGCUGCAGAAGCUACUUUAGUAUAUCACGGUGUUAAACAUAAAAUUUCAUAUAUGGCUCAACAAUGUACAACUGAUGUUUUGAAAAUUUUGUUUGCUUCAUCGCCUAUUGCUAAAUCUUUGUCUUGUGCGACGACAAAAGCUUCAGUUAUAGCAACGGAUGUUUUAGCACCAUACUUUACACAUGUUGUUUUGGAAGAAAUCAAAAAUGCUUUUUACUAUUCUCUUUCAUAUGAUGCAAGUAAUAAAGGCAAUUUAAAAGCUUAUCCAUUUUGCAUUCAGUAUUUAUCAGAUACAGGAGUUAAAAAAGUUCUUAUUGAUUUUAUCGAUGAUUCAAGUGAAUCAGCAAUUGAUAUAUAUCGAAAUGCACGUCUUAUAUUGGAUAAAUAUGAAUUGAAUUUACAUGGUUUAACAACAAUUGGUGCAGAUAACACUAAUGUUAACAUGGGAGAUCAUCAUAGUGUAUUUUCAUUGUUUCGUGAUGAAAAACCAAAUUUGAUAAAAGGUUCGUGCUAUAAUCACAUUUUACAUAAUGGUGUCAAGCAUGGACAUAAAUUAUUAACUAUUGAUGUUGAAAAAAAUUUAUUAAGUAUUUAUGCUCAUUUUUCUCGAUCAGCUAAAAGAAUAGCUGAACUUAAAUCUUAUUAUGAAUUUUAUGAAGAAGAUUACGUGGUAAUUCUCAAACACAUAAAACUUCGUUGGUUAACGUUGCACACAUCGAUCGAAAGAUUAUUACAAGUUUUUGCUCCUGUCAAAGAUUAUUUUUUGUCUCUUGAUGAUGGUUGUCCUAGAGAACUUACAGAGUUCUUUUCAUGUGAAGAAGGACAUCGUGUUCUUAGUUUUCUUCAAAAUAUUCUCUCGAUUAUUCAAAAUUCAAAUUUAAAGUUACAAAGGCGCUAUUUAGCUGGUGUUAGUUUGCAUCAAAUUAUAACAGAACUAAAACUUAAGUUACAACAAAGAUUAGAUUCAUCUUUUUUUGGUACAAACUGCCGUUUAAAAUUAUCUCGUCUGGAACCAAGUACAGCUGAUAAAUUGAAACUUUCAUUUGCACGCUUCACUGAACGAGUUAUUGAAUAUAUUGAUGAAUAUUAUUUGUUGAAGAAGAAAGAUAAAAAUGGAAAGAUUAUCGAACCUAAAUAUACUACUCCAUCAGAAAUAUAUGAAGCUAUCAGUCCAUUUGGUUUAUCAACAAUUAAUGAUAUUACAUGGAAUCAUGUUACAAAAUGUAUUGAAUUAUUUCAAAUAAAAAAUUUAGAUGAAGAUGAUUUAUUCAAUGAAUUUUGCGAAGUUCAAAUGAUUUUCAAAUCUAUACAAGAUAAAAAUAUUUCUAUAUAUGAUCAAAUUCAAUCUUAUAUUGGCAAAAAAUCCAAUUCAAACAUAUCAACAACUACACCAACAACGAUCUCGUCAAAUAAAGAAUUUGACGAAGAACAAGAGAGUCAUGAUGAUGAUGAUGAUGAUUUAAAAGAAAAUACUGCUAUAAAAGAGAUUAGACCUGAUCAAUUGUGGGCAAUGCUCUUAUCUAUUAAACCUACAUCUUCACCUAAUUUACAUAAAUUAGUUUGUUUUUUAUUUUCGAUUCCAUGUAGUAAUGCAUUUGUUGAAAGUGUUUUUUCAGCGAUGAAACAUUUAUACGAUGAUAAAUGA